CCUCAAUGACUUCCCCUACUCCUCCUCGGUCGCCAUCGGCCUCAUCCGUCGCGCACACUUGGACGUGGACGCUCGUCUUGACUUUCCGCCGCCUUUUUGCGCAUUUCGUGGAGCGCAAGCAGCCAACAUGACUCAAGUGAACAGCUGCGUCAAGCUCAGCUUGAUCGUGUCCAACUUUUUCUUCGCGAUUGUAGGGUGCGCCAUCAUCGCCUUUGCUUUGGUGCUGCAGUUGGCCACACGCUUCAAUGACAUUUCGCCGGAGGGCCGCGACACCGGCCUGAUCCUGCUCUACGUUGUGGGCACCAUCACCCUGCUGAUCGCCGCUUUGGGCGCGUACGGCGCACUGCGCCAGAGCCGCGCCGCCCUCAUCGCGUUCCUGGUGUGCAUGGUGAUCGGCACGCUGAUGAUGAUGCGCGUGGGGAUCCCCCUGGCGGCCGUGCGUCCCGAGAUGCAGGGCAUGAUGACCGCCAACGCCCGCAAGCUGCUGCCGUUGGAUGAAGCCGACCCGAAGACCAGGCAAAUCGUCGACGGCGUUCAGGAAAUGUUCCAGUGUUGCGGCGUGUUCGGCGUCGACGACUGGCGGCUGGACAUCCCGGACUCGUGCUUGUGCGAUGAGGCGGCGCGCGCCGACGGCAUUUGUCGCGACGUGGACUACAGCCUGAUGCUGCAGAUGAAGAAGUCCGUCUUUCGCCAGCCGUGUUUCCCCCUCGUGGCCACCUACGUCUUCUUGACGCUUGACGUUGCCAUCGGCGUGGUCUUUGCGUUGGCCCUCUUGGCGCUGCUGGGCCUGACGCUGUCGUCGGUCCUCCUCCACCAGCUGCGCAAGGGCGGACGCCCCGCCGUCAUGCUGGUGCCGGCCAUCUUCCAGCCGGGGCUCCCCAAGUACCAGGAGCUGAAAAACCCCUACUAGACGGCGCCCCCUUUUGCUCGGAGGCCAUCGUGGCAGCCACUGCCUUGAACCACUGCACAAAUCAUUUGCUGUUACAAUGCACAAUUUUCAAGCUGUCACGCUCGGGUUUAUAAAUGCAGCACUUCCUCUCUUUGCUAGGACUACUGCGCUUGGGAUUUUGGUUUUGAAUAAAGACCUUGGUCGCACAUUCGGCAGUCGUCCCAA